UUUUUUUUCUCUCUCCUCCGAGAAGCGCAUCUCGUCUCUUCACCAAUCCAACUUUUUUCCAAACCUCCCUCAAAACACACAUCCGGCCGUGAGCCUUGUUCGGGCGAGCCCCCCUUUUAUCCUACAUCGUGAAAAAUGUCAAACGCCAAUGAAGCAGCUUGGCCCUUGGCCGAUGCGGCCUUGACCCAGGAGAUUCUGGAUCUCCUCCAGUCGGCCAUGCACAUCCGUCAGGCUAAGAAGGGUGCCAACGAAGUCACCAAGGCUAUCAACCGUGGAACCUGCGAGCUUGCCGUCCUUGCUGCCGACACCGAGCCCCUGGCCAUUAUCCUGCACAUCCCUCUCAUCUGCGAAGACAAGGGCGUCCCGUACGUGUACGUCCCCAGCAAGACCCUGCUGGGCCGCGCCUGCGGUGUGAGCCGUGCCGUGAUUGCCGCCAGCAUCAGCUCCAACGAGCUGUCUGAGCUGUCUGGCCAGAUCAAGGCUCUGCAGCAAAAGGUCGAGAGACUGGCCAUUUAAAGCUGGGACAUUGCUGUCGAGUUUUUUGGUGCUGGAUUGAAGGCGGAGCGUUUAUAUGGUUGGAAUAGCCAUGGCUGUGUAUCUUGCGUUUACACGUUUGGUUACGAUGUAAAUGCGGGUGCAGUGUGCGAGCGCAAACGCUUUUAGAUUAGCAGGGUCAAUGACAUUUUUUCACCUGGGAUAGAAUUCCCUGUGUGUUGAGUUGAGCAGCUUUGAUGGGGUUUCCUCUUGACAUGUGAUUUGAUGACUGUGGUGAUGAUGAUGAUGAUAGUACCACUAUGCACAAUUCCUGCAUACCAGGAACGCCAGAUUACUUAAUGACAAACACCACGAAGAAUUGAGAUGUGCUCUGCUGACUGACAUG